CACAGGCAGGGAGGGAGGGAAGGAGGGGGGACCCGGAUAAAAAGAAGAAGCGGAGGGGGAGGAAAUCAGCGUGAGAACUAAUAGAGAGAGAGAGCGGAGCCGCCACUAGAAGAAGCCACCAGCAUGUCUCCCGCCUGGCUCUACCUGUCCUGUGCCGCGCUCCUCUCCGCGACUCUCAUCGCCGCCUUCAAUCUGGAUACCGACAAUGCCAUCUCCAAGGGAGGAGAGCCCGGGAGUUUGUUCGGCUUCUCCCUCGCCAUGCAUUGGCAGCUACAACCCCAGGACCGGAGACUACUGUUGGUCGGUGCACCUCGAGCAAAAGCCUUUAGCAGUCAGAAAGCGAAUGUAUCGGGUGGAUUGUUCUACUGUGAUAUCACAACCACAACUCCAUGCCAAAGAAUUAUGUUUGAUGAAUCAGUUGACUUGCAAGUGGAAAGUAAAGAAAACCAAUGGAUGGGUGUCAGUGUACAAAGUCAAGGACCAGGAGGAAAAAUUGUGACAUGUGCCCAUCGAUACGAGAGGAGAAGAUUUGUGAAUUCUGCCCAGGAAUCUCGAGAUAUUACAGGGCGAUGCUACAUGCUGAGCCAAGACCUCACUAUUUCAGAUGACAUGGAUGGAGGCGAAUGGAACUUUUGUGAUGGCCGUCUCAGGGGUCAUGAGAAAUUUGGAUCUUGCCAGCAAGGUGUUGCUGCAACAUUUACAAAGGACUUUCAUUAUGUUGUGUUUGGGGCCCCAGGAACAUACAACUGGAAAGGAAUUGUUCGGGCAGAACACAGAAAUAGCACAUUGUUGGACGUUGGGAUUUUAGAAGAUGGUCCAUAUGAAACUGGUGGUGAAACAAAACGCAAUGCUGAAUUAGUGCCUGUUCCUGCGAACAGUUAUUUAGGAUUUUCAUUGGACAGUGGUAAAGGAAUAACCUCGCAAGAUGAAAUGACCUUUGUAUCCGGUGCUCCAAGAGCCAAUCACAGUGGAGCAGUUGUGUUGCUGAGGAAAUAUCCUCCCAAUGAAAGGAUGCUGUCUCCAGAGUUUGUAUUUCAAGGGGAAGGUUUGGCCUCAUCCUUUGGUUAUGAUGUGGCAGUGGUGGACCUUAACAGUGACAAUUGGCAGGAUAUUGUGGUCGGGGCCCCUCAAUAUUUUGACAAAGCUGACAAAGAAAUCGGAGGUGCGAUCUAUGUGUAUAUGAAUGAAGCUGGCAAGUGGCAAAAUGUACAACCAAAACGAAUUUUUGGAAGCAGGGACUCCAUGUUUGGUAUUACAGUGAAAAAUAUUGGAGAUGUCAAUCAAGAUGGCUACCCUGACAUUGCUGUUGGAGCACCGUAUGAUGAAGGUUUUGGAAAAGUCUAUAUUUAUCAUGGUUCCAAAACUGGAAUAAUAGAGAAACCAGCCCAGAUUAUUGAUGGGAAGAGCACAAAUACUCGGACAUUUGGUUACUCUAUAGCUGGAAACAUGGAUCUAGACAAAAAUUUAUACCCAGAUAUAGCAAUUGGAUCGUUAUCAGAUUCUAUAAAUGUUUUCAGGGCACGUCCCGUUAUCAGCAUCAAGAAGACAAUCAAAAUGACGCCAGACAAAAUUGACUUCAAUAAGAAAGAUAUGAACUGUGCUGCAGCAAGCAAAAUCUGUUUGACAGUUGACGUCUGUUUGUCGUAUACUGCCAUCCCCCGUAAUUACAAUCCAGUUCUAACACUCAGCUACACGCUAGAUGUGGAAAGUGAAAGGACCAAAUUGGGUUUGUCCUCCAGGAUUGCGAAUUUCCCAGAGCCAGGAACAGUAACCCUUCGACAACAAGGCCAAGACAAAUGUUUCCAGAAAGUUCUAUUUGUACAGGAAACUAUUAAAGACAAACUUCGACAGAUUCCUGUGUCUCUUACUGUGGAUAUUAAAAAUGUCCGUCGGAAAAAGAGACAAAGUGGCUCCUUGCCAGAUCUUAUGCCAAUCCAGGAUGCCAAUGAGCCCAAAACAAUCACAACAGAGGCUCAGUUUCUGAAAGAAGGAUGCGGUGUGGAUAAUAUCUGCAACAGUAACAUGAAGAUCUCUUACAACUUCUGCAAUAAAGAAGCGGACGCCUACACCGAACUGAAGAAGGAGAAUGGUGUUGCAGUGUUGGCUCUUCAGGACCAGAAACAUAUUGCUCUGGAAAUUACAGUAACAAACAAGCCAUCAAAUCCUAACAAUCCCACAGCAGAUGGAGAUGAUGCCCAUGAAGCCAGGCUCAUCGUAGAUAUGCCAAGCACUCUGUCUUUCUCUUCCGUCAGUUUCCCAACAAACCAGCAAGAAAAACAGGUUUUGUGCGUACCGAGUGUAAACAGAACACAAGUGGAGUGCGACCUUGCAAACCCUUUCAAAAGAAACGCCAACGUAACAUUUUAUCUUGUUAUGGGUACAAAUGAAAUAACAAUUGACACCAAGGAACUUCAGAUUCCACUCACUUUGGAAACGACAAGCUCUCAGCCUGACCUGGGCCCUGUCGUUGCUAAAGCCCGGGUGGUUGUUGAGCUUCUGCUGUCAGUAUCAGGGGUUGCCGAUCCCUCCCAGGUGUACUUUGGAGGAAAUGUGGUUGGAGAAAGUGGAAUGAAAUCAGAAGAUGAUAUUGGAAGUUUGGUGAACUUUGAUUUCAGAAUCACUAAUUUCGGGCGGCCCCUGAAGGCUCUGGGUACAGCAUUUUUAGACAUUUACUGGCCAAAAGAGAUCAUGAAUGGAAAAUGGCUGCUUUACAUUGUAAAAAUCGACUCCCAAGGCUUGGAGCCUGUGUCUUGUCAACCUAAGGAUGAAAUUAACAAACUGAAAUUGCUGGAAUCUGGAAAAGGUCGAAAUAAGCGAGAGAUCGGAGAAAGUCAGCCUCAAGAGGAUAAGAAAUCAUUUUCCUUGUUCUCUGACAGGAAAUACAUGACACUGGACUGUAAGAACCAUGCAAAAUGUGUUACAAUUAGAUGCCCUCUUGCCGGUCUGGACAGCAAUGCAUUCAUUAAAGUGCGGUCAAGGCUAUGGAAUGGCACCUUCAUAGAGGAAUAUUCAAAGAUGAAUUAUCUGGACAUUCUAGUGAAAGCCUCCAUCAGUAUUGAUACACAAGCGGAGAACAUCAAAUUGUCAAACGAGGGUUACCAGGUGCGUGUUACGGUUUUCCCGGAGAAGAGGCAAGCGCAGUACACAGGAGUACCAUGGUGGAUCAUCCUGCUUGCCAUACUCUCUGGAAUUUUAUUGCUUGCACUAGUAGUGUUUAUUUUAUGGAAGUGCGGAUUUUUUAAACGUUCCAGGUACGAUGAUAGUGUCCCACGAUACCAUGCUGUACGAAUUCCCAAAGAAGAACGCCAAUUUGAAGACGGAAAAUCAAAACAAAACAGUGAAAAAAAGCAAUGGGUCACCAGCUGGAAUGAAAAUGAAAGUUAUUCCUAGGAAUGUUUUUAUUGUGCUCUAAUUUCUUCUUUUUUUUUUAUAAUGGAUGUUAAUUGAAAGACGGCUCCAGGGAAAAGGCUUUAACUUGAAUUGUCUUCGGAUAUUGUUUCUACUCCCAAGGCAGUUAAGACUUGCACAGCGAAACCUCAAUUGGAGACCUUAAACAAAAUGGGAUUGAAAGUGAAAAAUUGGUCGAAGCCAUUGCGCUAAUGGACAUGUAACGGUUAUUUCUUGGUAUCAAAUGGUUUUAGAGGUGUACGCAGCGUGAGGAAGGGGGUGUUUAUUUUAUUGUUGUGCUGUAAUUAUGCAAUAAACAUGGAAGCAGCCACUGAACUAUUGAUUAUAGGAAAAGCAAUGACUCUUUCUAAAGGUAUGCCUGGGCACCAAACAGCUUCAGAUCAGCAAAAAAA